CCGCCGUUCAAGUACGCACCACUUGUGUCUAUCAGUGCAAUAAACAACGGCUAGCACACACGGACGCAGAACAAACCCUUCCCCGAACAAUUACCACAAUAAAACAAAAAUAUCGCAAUUAGCUACAUCUCCACCCGAUCCUAAUGAAGGAUCUCCGGCCUGACUGACUAGGAGAUGGGAAUACUUAACAUAAUAGACCAGACUUUGCUGGUCCAGGCUAUAUUUAGCCGAAAUGCAGAGGAAGUGAAGUUUUUGUUGCACAAGAAUGAAGAAGUCAAUGCACUGGACCAAGAACGCCGUACCCCCUUACAUGCUGCUGCGUGUUUGGGCGACGUUCACAUUAUGGACCUCCUCAUUAAUUCAGGUGCUAGUGUUAAUGCUAAGGAUCAAGGCUGGCUGACACCCCUGCAUCGGGCAGCUGCCUCACGGAAUGAAAAGGCUGUGGGGCUGCUUCUGAAGCAGGAUGCGGAGGUCAAUCUGCGAGAUAAGUUUUGGCAGACGCCGUUGCACGUGGCGGCGGCGAACCGGGCCACACGCUGCGCUGAGGCCCUAAUCCCCAAGCUGAGCAGCCUGAACGUAGCAGACCGCUCCGGCAGGACAGCUCUGCACCAUGCAGCACACAGUGGCCACGUGGAGAUGGUGAAUUUGCUCCUCAACAAAGGGGCGAACUUGAGUGCCAGCGAUAAGAAGGAGAGGCAGCCAAUCCACUGGGCCGCAUACCUCGGGCAUCUGGAGAUCGUGAAGCUACUGGUGUCGCGGAGUGCGGACGCCAUGUGCAGGGACAAGCGAGGUUAUACCCCGCUCCACGCCGCAGCUGCCAGCGGCCAGAUCGAGGUGGUCAAGUACCUGCUGCGGCUGGGGUCAGAGAUUGACGAGCCCAACACUUUUGGGAACACAGCGCUCCACAUGGCGUGCUACACAGGCCAGGAGGCGGUUGCCAACGAGCUGGUGAACCGAGGCGCCAACGUCAACCAGCCAAACCAGCGCGGCUGCACGCCGCUGCACCUGGCCGCUGUCUCCACCAACGGGGCGCUUUGCCUCGAGCUGCUAGUUAACAACGGUGCUGAUGUCAACAUGCAGAGUAAAGAAGGGAAGAGUCCUUUGCACAUGGCCGCUAUUCACGGGCGCUUCACUCGCUCCCAAAUCCUUAUCCAAAACGGUGGGGAGAUCGACUGUGUAGAUAAAUAUGGCAAUACUCCUCUUCACGUUGCUGCUAAGCACGGCCACGAGCUGCUGAUCAGCACCCUGAUGACUAAUGGUGCUGACACGGCCAGGCAAGGGAUUAAUGGGAUGUUUCCAUUGCAUUUGGCUGUGCUCUACGGGUUUUCAGACUGUUGUCGCAAGUUACUCUCCUCAGGUCAGCUGUACAGCAUUGUAUCAUCUCUGAGCAACGAGCAUGUGCUGUCAGCCGGGUUUGACAUAAACACCCCAGACAGCUCAGGGAGGACCUGCCUGCACGCCGCUGCCUCUGGAGGAAACGUUGAAUGUCUUAACUUGCUGUUGAGCAGUGGUGCCGACUUGAGUAACAAGGACACAUUGGGAAGAGCUCCUUUGCACUACGCUGCGGCGAAUGGGAGCUACCAGUGCACGGUUUCCCUGGUGAGUGCUGGUGCCGAGGUGAACGAGCUGGACCAGAAGGGCUGCAGCCCCCUGCACUAUGCCGCUGCCUCACAGACCUUCCGCCGAGUGGACAGACAUUACUCAGUUGGACACCAUAGUGAGGAGAGGGCCAAGGAGGCCUUUUUUUGUUUAGAGUAUCUGUUGGAUAAUGGGGCUGACCCAGCUCUGAGGAACACCAAGGGUUACAGCGCAGUCCACUAUGCAGCAGCCCACGGAAACAAGCAGAACCUGGAGCUGCUCUUGGAGAUGUCUUUCAACUGUCUGGGAGACGUGGAGAGCAGUGUUCCAGUUAGCCCUUUGCACUUAGCCGCGUAUAAUGGUCACUGUGAGGCUUUGGGGGUGUUGUCUGAGACGCUGGUGAGUCUGGAUGUUCGGGACGCGGGGGGGCACACCGCCCUCUACCUGGCAGCGCAGCGGGGACAUGCUCAGUGCGUGGAGGUACUGCUGUCCCACGGGGCCUCCUGCCACCUCAAGGAGCGCCGCCGCAAGUGGACCCCGCUUCAUGUCGCAGCUUCCAACGGCCAAACAGACUGUCUGCUCAUGCUGGUCAACCGAGGAGAGAAGGCUGACGUCAUCGAUAUCGUCGACAUACAGGGACAGACGGCUCUGAUGCUGGCAGCUCUGGGUAGUCACACUGACUGUGUCCACAUCUUGCUGGAGAAGGGAGCCGGGGCUGACACCGCUGACAAGAGAGGCCGCACUGCUCUACACAGAGCUGCGGCGAUGGGCUGUGAGGACUGUGUGUCGGCCCUGCUCGAGCACGGGGCCUCUGCUCUGUGCAGGGAGUCCCGGGGACGCACACCCCUGCACCUGGCCUCCUCCUGCGGCCACAUGGAGCUCCUGCGCAGCCUGCUGCAGGGUGCCACAAGCACCGACCCCCUGGACUCCUUGUUGGACUACAGCGGAUACACCCCCGCCCACUGGGCAGCCUACCACGGGCACGAGGACUGUUUGGAUGUUUUUCUUGACCACAAACCUUUUAGCAUACAGGAAGGAAACCCCUUCACCCCAUUGCACUGUGCUCUAAUAAAUGGCCAUGAUGGUGCUGCUGAACUACUGGUGGAGACCGUUGGAACUCAGAUGGUGAACAUCAGAGAUGCCAAAGGAAGGACCCCGUUGCACGCAGCUGCCUAUUCAGAGAGUGUGGCCGGGCUGCAGCUGGCCCUGGUUCAGGGGGCAGAGGUCAAUGCGGUGGACACCACCGGACACUCCGCGUUAAUGGUUGCCGCCAACAACGGACAGACUGCAGCCGUCGAGGUCCUGCUGCACCAGGCCAAGGCAGACCUGACCCUGCUGGAUGUCAACGACAACACCGCCCUUCACCUGGCCUGCAGCAAGGCUCAUGAGAUGUGUGCCCUGUUAAUCCUGGGAGAGAUCAGCGACCCCUCCCUCAUCAAUGCAACAAACGGUGCACUGCAAAUGCCCCUUCAUAUCGCUGCGAGGAAUGGUCUGGCUACGGUGGUGCAGGUGCUGCUCAGCCGGGGGGCAGCCGUGAUGGCUGUUGAUGAGGAGGGCCACACCCCGGCCCUGGCCUGUGCCCCUAACAAGGAUGUGGCGGACUGCCUGGCCCUGAUCCUCUCCACCAUGAAGCCUUUCCCUCCCAAAGACGCCAGCGCCGCCUCCUCCUUUGGCCUCAACUUGCUGAAGCAUUGUGGCAUCGCCGCCUGCGGGCCCCUGCCCAACGGCAACCUGCGCCACACCUACGCCAAGGACCGUCAUGGCACCAUCGGCCUGGACGGCUGCUUCACCGAGUGAGAUAAAACUCCCCCCCAAACCUGCUCCCCCUCAGACCGCCAUACCCUAGGUGCCCCUGUCCCGUUGUAUCUCUAACUAGCCGGAUCGCCCCUCUUUAAUCCACUAUGAUCCGGGUUACAACCCCCCCCCCUUUCUAACACACAACAAGAGCAGGAAUAUACUUAGUUUCACGUGUGUGUGUGUUUGGAUGUGUGUGCGUGUGUCUGUCUGUUUGAAGAAAAACGAAAUCCCUAAUGGGUGUUGUCAAACCUAUAUGCAAUUAUUUGCCUCUCUCCUCUGGCAUCAUUUUCAUUGUUUAUUUGUCUGUUGUCACUAGCCUGGACUUAGGUAAGACACCCUCUGUCCAGUGUCCAGGACAGAGCUCGUCACGGAGUCCCUCUAAAUCCUACCAGCAGUGAUGAUUUUUACCCCUUACGAUAUUAUCAUGGAUGUUUUUGUUGAAUUAACAGAUUUACAAGCAUGUGUGACAAGUUACAGAUAGUUUCAUUUUAGUUCUAAAUUAAAUUUCCAUUUUUGGUGAAUUUUUGAUAUUGCACUUCAACAACGAAUAAACUAACCUCGCAAAUCCCAGUGAAAGCGAUGACCUAGUAGAAGGAGAACGGUGCCUCCAACUUCUCCUCUGACUUAAACUGGUGCAAUAUGCAGCAUGUGUGGGUAUUUCCCGUGCUGUGCGUCUCUGAAGAGAGAGAGAGAGAGUUGAAAGCUCUGCACAGAAACCCCAUAGAUUUUAAAAUAAGUGGUUACAAGCUGGUGUCUACUCCCCUAGACAUCCGACAACAAGCACUUCCUAAUGGCUAAGGCCAUCUGAGUGACACCAUCCAACGGGUCCAGACACUGCCUGACUGGGGGUUUCUGCAUUAGCCCACCUCUCAAGGAGUCCAUACUAAAGGAAGAGGUUGUGGUUCUUGCCUGAACCCCACUACCGCUUGUCACUGUCGUAGGCGUUUCUGGAUAUUUAAACAAUGUUGUGCCUAUGGAACACUGAGAAUUACUAAGAGAUGACCCCACCCCCUCAUCCCCAACUAGUUUAUGCCCUCUGAUCUCCCACCUUAUCCCUGAUUAUUUGAGACUUAAAAAGAGAACAAUUCUAGUGGGACAUUUUUAAAGGAUGAAAUUCUGUUUGUUUUUUUAAAGAAAGAUGGGUUUAGCACACAUACUGAUUGCGGUAUAAGCUAUUGUUGUAUUAACACUUGUUUACACAAUGUAAACCAACGUCACAUUUACUUGUGAAUUGUCAGUCAAAUAUGUUUGCACAACAGAGCCAUGAGAAAAUACGUGUUUUUAAUAUAGCUGCUAAAAUAUUGCUGCCUUUUCCAUGGAUUGUGUUCACGGUUUCCGUCAAUGCGGAUCUACAUGUAAUGUUUAAUUUGACUCUUUACGUUAUUUGGAAUUGGAAGCAAUAUUCAGUCACAGACAGCCUUCAAACUCUUAUAGCAUUUUUAUUUCCCUGCUGUUUGCUAUAGUGGAAAGGUUCAUGUAAUUUUCCAUUUUUUUUUAUCUAUUUAUCUAUUCAUGCCAAACAGCCAUACUGGUUUGCUUCUGUCUUCUUUUGCACAUUAGUUGAAUCAAUUUAGUUUUUUUGUGUUUCACUUUAUUAAGCUAUUUAUGAAGAUUGUUAGUUAUGUUAAUUAGAACAUAAUUCAAAUUAUGUUCACUCUGUUGUAAUUGUUUUCAUGUGGUUGUAGCGAUUUUGAAAAAAUUCAGAUUACAAAAUCUAUCAGUAUUUGACCGUACUCACACUUCCAUAAACUAAUUGGAAUUCAGGAACAUUUCAAAUCCAUGGUGUACUGUAAUAUUAAGCAUUAUCCUAUUUUGUUAAUGUAUUUUCAAUAUUACAUAAAUGUAGUUUGGCUUAGAUAGUGAAAUUGUGAAAGUAGUGGUAAUGUACCGGUAUCUUUACUCUUCACAACAUAUGGCUAACACUGAAAACUAAAAUAUCUGCAUUACGUUGCUAUGGUUAUGUAUGGACAGCUACUUUUUUUUUAAAAGCUUUUUUAAAUGUAUGAUUAUCAGCGUCACAAUGGCUUUUAUAUAUAAGUAACUGCAUCUCGGAAGUUGUUUAAGAAGUGUCUUAGAGUAUUUUAUUUAUUUGAAUUUCAAAGAAUACCAAAAGUGAUUGAUUUCUUUUACACCCAUUUUCAAGUAUGUGUGCUCCCGUUUCUCUUUUGCGUCAACAAGAACACCAUGUAGGCAUGUCUGGUACCAAUACCUCUAUCGUGUGAUACACUGACAACCUCAUCCACCUUCCUCAGUUGAAUUGUUUUUUUUUUCUCGACAUGCCUCAGUCCUAUCAUCACUUGUGUAACCUAAUGUUACCCCUAGAAUUGUUCUCUUUGAAUGGAAUAUCGAAACCAUUUAGCACAUCUUUAGAUGUACAUACUAUUAUUUAUAUAAGAAAAAAACAUUGCAUCAAUUUCUGAAUCAUUUUGCAGACUGAGAUUCAUUGUCAGUUCCUGGUGCAUUCAACCAUAUGGCUGGGAAGGAACUGUUUCAAAAAAGAAUGUAGGAAAAAAAUAGAUCAACAGAGAGAACAAACAGCUUAUCUGUUCCGUGGCCAGUACUGGUAUUCUACAAGGUAUUUCAUGUCAAAGCGUUUAAGAAAAAAACAAGAUGACGAAGUCUAUCCCUAACAUGUAGGAAUAGCAAAUGCCAAAACCAGUGUCGUCGUUGUUCCUCACAUUUAUACUAAUAUGCUGAAAAAAAUGAUUGUAUUAAGCUACCUGAACUUUUUGUGGCAUUUUACAUAAGCCUUUUUAUAUGAUGUCAGAGAAGGUUUAGUUCAAUGACGUGAGAUCACAUCGAAUAGUAAGCCAUUAAAUAAUGUUCUUAUUAUGUUCAAGGGUGACUUGCUAUGUUAGAAUUUUUUGGGUUGGUUUAAAUAUGAACUUCUCACAACUAGGUCCCAUCCAUUGUUUAUCUUAUAUUGUGUGACAUUUCAUUGACCAUAGAUUUGGUUUAGCCUAUGGUUUUGUUAGGCUGGUUAGAUACGACAUUGAAAACAAAAAUCCCCUUUUGGAACAAGUUUCAUGUGGGACUGAAGAAAGCAUAAGUCAAGUGUGUGGAGGUUAGAAGCCUAAAAAGGAUCAUGAUAUACCACCAAUACCCUUUUUUAUUUUUUUAUUUCCUCCCUCCCUAUUUAACCAUUCCGUUUACACUGUGGACAAGGUUUACCCUAGUAUUGUGAUUUUUAGGGCAAUAGAACAAUGGAAAGCAUUUUUCGAUUUUCAGUAAUGCAACAACAAGCAACUCUAUUUUCACUCAGUCCUGACCCAAAGCACUUAUUUCAAGAAUAAGCACUUUUGUAUAUUUAAUAUCGCUAUAUGUAUGUGUGUGUUUACAUAGGUUACCUAUGUAGAUAUGAACUUAUAUUUAGGGAAGACAAUACCUUCAAUGGAGAGAUGAGAGUAGAUGAACUGGUGACUGAUCUUCACGAUCAUGUGUGAUGUGUGGGUGCUUGUAUGAGAGACACGGUUUAAUUGGAGGGUCAUGGUUCUCUUUGGGAUCAGCAUAAGGGAGCAGUGAAGAGUUGAGGGUCACACCUUGGUGUGCACACGUACGCAGCCCAAAAUACAUUUCAAACGGAAAGUAUACUUGCACUGCCUUUCAAAAAAAAAAAAAAAAAAAAAAAAAUGGGAUGAAACUCAAGAACAUGUUUGAUUAAGUGCAGAAAUGUAAGAUAUUACAUACAUUUGCAGACGUCCACUGAGCCAUAUUAGUCAAUUGCUGAUUUUUUAAAAAUGUAUGUCUAAAUUAAAGCAGGGGUUUUGGUUGUUGAAUAACUGACAUUUUUGCUGCACUGUUUAACUAAGAAAAAAGUAAUAGAAAUGAUGGGGACAAUAAUGAAAAAUGAACUAAAGCAACAUCUUUACCUCUGCCUUCUCCUCGUGCAUCGAUGCAGAAGGAUUGUGUUUUAUCUUGAGCCAUUGAAGGGUAUUAUUGCAUUCAGCGGAUGGGUUAGUCUAUUGCCCAACAAUGUGGUGCAUGCAGUGCCUUCAGAAAGUAUUUAUACCCUUGACUUAUUCCACAUUUUGGUGUUACAUUUUGAAUUCAGGCUGUAUUAAAUAUGACUUUUUUUCUCACCAAUCUACACACAAUGCCCCAUAAUGACAAUGUGAAAACAUUUUUAUUGACAUUUUUGCAAAUGUAUUGAAAAUAAAAUGCAGAAAUACCUAAUUUGCUUAAGUAUUC